UUUCUAUUAAAGCAUAUAAAUAAGUGCUUCAAAUUUUCAUCCAGAUUAUCACUAUUCCUCUCUCUCUCUCUCUCUCUCUCUCUCUCUCUCUCUCUGCUACACAGAAUCAAGAAGAAGAAGACGAGAUGCCGCUGCAUUCGAGGAAUAAUGGUGGGCUAUCAACGCCAUUGUUGUCUUCCUCAACACCGAGCAGCAGCAACAGCAGCGAUACAGAUGAAAGCCCAGCACCAUUAUCAAGAAGAUACAACAAUGACUUCCCAGAUCUCCAUUUCACCAUUCCAAAACCACCCAUCUCCUCCUCUUUCCAGUCCUACAAGUCCUUGGCGGUGCUCUCCGGCCACAUCGGCUCCGUCUCCUCCCUGGCAUUAUGCGGGGAGUUCAUCCUCAGCGCCUCACAAGGCCGAGACAUCAUCGUAUGGCAGCACCCAGAUCUCCGCCAAUUCACCAAAUUCGGCCAGGGCUCCGGCUCCGUGAAGGCCCUUUUAGCCGUGGGAAACCGAGUCUUCACAGCCCAUCAAGACACCAGAAUCAGAGCCUGGAAGGUCUCCAGAAGCUCCGAGAAUGUCUUCCGGAUCAUCAACACACUCCCCACCACCAAAGACUGUCUGGGCAAGCUCAUGCGGCAGAGCAAUUACGUCCAAACUCGAAGGAACCACAAGAAACUCUGGAUCCAACACGCCGACAGCAUCUCCUGUUUAGCAUUCCACAAUGGGUACAUAUACUCAGGUUCCUGGGACAAGACAUUGAAGGUGUGGAGGCUUUCAGAUUUCAAGUGUGUGGAGUCUAUCAAAGCUCACGACGAUGCGAUAAACGCUUUAAUCUCGAGCAACGGGGCUGUGUAUUCGGCUUCAGCAGAUGGGAGAAUCAAGGCCUGGAGGAGAACAGAAGGGAAUUCCAUUUCCACACAUUCCCUGGUGGAAAUCUUGGAGGGGCAUAAAGAUGUUUCUUUCAACACUGUGGUGGCUUGUGAGGAUGGGAGGUUUUUGUAUGGUGGAGGGUCGGAUGGGUAUGUGAUGGGGUGGGGGUGGGGGGGGAGAAAGGUGUGUGAGGUGAAAGCACAUGAAAUGGCUGUUUUGUGCAUGUGUAUAAUGGGGGAUUUUGUGUGCAGUGGUUCAGGUGAUAAGAGUAUAGGGAUAUGGAGGAGGGAGAUGAAUGGUGGGAUAUUUAGAGUUGGGGUUAUAAAAGGGCAUGAAGGGCCAAUUAGGUGUCUUCAGGCAUCACCCCUUAGUGUGGGGGGUGGGUUCAUGCUCUACAGUGGAAGCCUUGAUAGAAGCCUUAGGGUUUGGUGGGUUCCCAAGUACUGUGACACUGCCAAAUCUGAGGAAAAAUCUGUGUUUUUGAGGUUGCCUUCUGCGUAAGAGUUCUACUACAUGGACUUUCAAAUGUUACUCUUUAAAUUGCGGGUACUGAUAAAGCUACUUUUUGCAUGUGGGUCCUAAUAUAAGUGUUUACAUCACGAUUUUGUGUGUGGGAGUAAAAAUUGGAAGUAUAGAACAGAACAGAAAUGUUUAACCUGGUUGCUGCAUAGUUAUGUUUCUUGAAGAAGCACUGGUCUGGUUUUUUUAUGCAGUGCUUUUGGAAUCUUGAGAGUUUUGGGGUGGAUUGGAGAAUGGAGGUUUGUGUUUUCUGCAGUUUGUUUUUGGAGGAUUUAAUUCUGUGAAUGUGGAGUAUGGGGAGUUAUAGGACAUGAUCAAGAAUGUGUUGUUUCAUUUUUUUUAUUAGUCACAAAUAGUUCAUUUAUUUUUAAUUGUAAUUAUGCCUACACAGUGAUUGGAAUCAACGAAUAAUACUAUAGUUUUUAUUCUUUG